GGGCCAGCAGAGCAAGAGCCUGCCCCGAACUCAGAGAAACACAGAGCUGAAAACUGAGACAUCUGCUGAAGAGGGAGAGACUCUGUUGGAAUUUACUGCUGAGAUCAAGCUCCUACUUUCUAUUGAACGGACUUUUUGUAACAAGUCAGAGCUGCACGUAACUUUAAAUGAGUUUUGCACUGGAUUUUGAUCCUUCUGUAGAAUUUUGUACGCGUGUGGACAAUUUUGUGGAGGUUCAAAGACUUUGGGUUUUGUAGAUUAUAGUUAAAAAAAAGCUUUUUAAAGGAUUUACUUGGUUUCUCGUAGAAACUUAUUCAUCAAUUUCAAUUUUCCACUUGUCGGAUUUCGGUUUAAUUAUGUGGUUUUUACGCGUUUCCAUUGGUUUAAUUCUGUGCGUCGGCGCGGCACAAAGCGCCUGGGAGGAGAGUACCGUGGUGCCGGUCAGACUAGACCCCACGGCCCGGUCGGAGACCGAAAACGAACCGUGGCGGACUCUAUCCGCGGAGGAGAAGGAGAAGGAGGCGGAGAUGAGGGUGUACCGGUUGGACGUAUUUGGCAUUGAGCUGAUCUUGCAGCUAGAACCAGACCAGACGUUCUUGGCGCCGGGUUUUGUCUUCCACAUUGUGGGCAGUCCCGAUUCCGAACCGACCCAGGAGCCCAAGAACGGAGCCGAACCGGGGUGUUUCUUCUCGGGUACCGUGAACGGAGAGGAGAGGUCCGCCGCUGCCCUCAACCUGUGCCACGGGCUCAGGGGCGGAUUCUACUUCCAGGGUGAAGAAUACUUCAUCCAGCCCCUCAACUCCAGCGGCUUCCUGGGCACCGAGGAGGAUGUCCACACGAUCCGCCGGAGAGGUCGAGCAGCUUUGGCGGAGGAGGGCAGCUCCAAGUGCGGGGUGAACGAGGACGAGGAGCGGGUGCCAAAGAAUCUGGAGAAAGAGGCGAAGAACGGAGCCGCUAACGCAGAGCCAACAGCCCACCAUAGGACCAGGCGUUUCGUCUCCACCCCUCGCUACCUGGAGAUCAUGCUGGUGGCUGACCAGUCCAUGGCUGAGUUCCACGGCGCCGGCCUCAAACCCUACCUGCUGACGAUCAUGGCAGUAGCCUCACGACUCUACCGCCACUCGAGCAUCCACAACUCCAUCAGCCUGGCGGUGGUGAAGCUGCUGGUGGUGUACGAGGAGGAGCGAGGGCCUCAGGUGUCGUCCAACGCUGCCAUGACCCUCCGCAACUUCUGCCAGUGGCAGCGGCAGCACAACCCGCCAAGUGACCGCCAUCCAGAGCACUACGACACCGCCGUGCUCUUCACCAGAACAGAUCUGUGUGGCGCCCACUCUUGUGACACUCUGGGCAUGGCGGAUGUUGGCACAGUGUGUGACCCUGACAGAAGCUGCUCCAUUAUCGAGGAUGAUGGGCUUCAGGCAGCUUUUACUGUUGCACAUGAGCUGGGCCAUGUCUUCAACAUGCCUCACGACGAUGCCCAGCUCUGCUCCGGGGUCAACGGCGCCCACUGGGGCUCCCACAUAAUGGCUUCCACUCUGUCCAACCUGGACCAGCAGCAGCCGUGGUCCCCCUGCUCCGCCCUCAUGGUCACCACGUUCCUGGACAACGGCCAUGGCCAAUGCCUGCUAGACAAGCCGGUCAAGCCUCAGCCGCUGCCCCAGCCCCUGCCCGGGACAGUGUACAACGCCGACCACCAGUGCCGACUCACCUUCGGCGAGGACUCCCAGCACUGCCCGGACCUGAGCACCACGUGCGCAGCUCUUUGGUGCACGGUGACCACAUCCAAUGGUUUGCUGGUGUGUCAGACCAAGAACUUCCCCUGGGCUGAUGGCACGUCAUGUGGGCACGACAGCUACUGCCUGGCCGGAGAGUGUCUCACGAAGAGCCAAGCUGCUAAACACCAGACUCCUGUCAACGGUGGCUGGGGUUUGUGGGGCCCCUGGGGCGACUGCUCUCGGACCUGCGGUGGAGGAGUGCAAUAUUCUUUCCGUGCCUGUGACAACCCUUUGCCCAAGAACGGGGGCAAGUACUGUGAGGGCAAGAGGAUCCAGUACCGCUCCUGUAACACAGAGGCCUGUCCUGAGAACAACGGCCUGUCGUUCCGCGAGGAGCAGUGCCUGGCCCACAACGACAUGUCGGCCCAAGUGUCACUGGGGUCAGGGGAGGGGGUUGAGUGGGUGCCCAAGUAUGCUGGCGUUUCCCCCAAAGACCGCUGCAAGCUGGUGUGCCGCGCCAAGGGGACUGGAUACUUCUUUGUCCUCAAAUCAAAGGUGGCUGACGGCACGCCCUGCAGCCCUGAUUCCACUUCAGUCUGUGUCCAGGGCCAAUGUGUGAAGGCCGGAUGUGAUCGUGUCAUCGGCUCCAACCGGCGCUUUGACAAGUGCGGCGUGUGUGGUGGAGACGGCUCCACCUGCAAGAAGGUGUCCGGCUCUCUGGACCGUGCCAGGCCUGGUUACCAGGAUGUUGUAACCAUCCCUGCUGGUGCCACCCACCUGGACGUUAAGCAACGUGCCCCAGGCACUGGUCGUCACGACAACAGCUACUUGGCAGUGCGUCGCCAGGAUGGAAAAUAUCUGCUAAACGGUGAUUACAAACUGAUGACCAUGGAGACAGACAUCGCACUGCGAGGGGCUCUGUUGCGCUAUAGUGGCUCCUCCGCAACCCUGGAGCGCCUCCGCAGCUUCGCCCCACUCCCUGAGCCCCUCACCAUUCAGGUGCUGUCUGUUGGAGAGGCCCCCAGGCCCCGGGUUAAAUACAGCUACUUUGCUCCAAGACCCAACAAUGCAGCUUCAGCCUCUUACAACAGCGGAAAUCGCCGCCAGUCCAUCAACGCUAUCCGAGAGGUGGGUGGAGCUGAGUGGAGCCUGAGGGAGUGGGGUCCGUGCUCCCAGACCUGUGGAGGAGGAACGCAACAGAGAGAGGUGGUGUGUCUUGACCCUCACGGUCGUCUCUCCAGAGACUGCCCAGAGGAGCUGCGUCCCUUAGCCUCUCGGUCCUGCGCCUCCCAGUCCUGCCCCUCCUGGCUCCUCGGAGAGUGGUCCGUGUGCUCCAAGGCCUGUGGCCGAGGCUUCCGCAAACGCCAGCUGCGUUGUAUCGGCCAUGACAGGCGCACGCUUACCCAUGACAGCUGUGACCCCAAAGACCGGCCGCGACCCCUGCUGGAGCUAUGCAAUCAGGGACCCUGUUAAGGACUGCUUCGUAAAUCUCACCUCCUGUCCUCCAGCCAGCCCCGAGAGAACAAUCAGAUCUUCACUGCCUCCUCUUCCCCUAAAGAACUAAAGAGGCCCAUGAAUGUUUACAUCCAGAGUGCUGCAGGUUUUCAUGGGUUCAGGACGUUUACCAGUCCCACGUGUCAGCGACUGUAACUGACAGUUUAUACCCGAUUCCCUCCAUUCAUUCUGGGGCCAGACGUUGAACCACAGGGGCAAAGACUGACGAAAGCUUUGCUGCGUGUCGGCCCUGAGCACAGCACAUUCCUGAUUUCCUAAAGAAAGAAAGCAUUGCUGCUUACCGUGCCAAUGUCAUGCCUGUGUGUGUGUGUGUGUGUGUGUGUGUGUGUGUGUGUGUGUGUG